AUGACGCUACGUGUUUUGUUUUUCGGUCUCUCUCUCUCUCUCGCCCUCUCCUCAAUUUCUUUCCUCUUCUUCGUCUCCCCUUUAUUCAUUCAUUCUAUCACUCCCCCCCCAUUUCACCUAAAUUCUUCUCUCUUCGUGUCAGUCUCUUUUUCUUUCCCCUGCUUCUCUUUAUCUGAGAAAACACAUCAACUUAGACAUUGGCCAUUUCAUUUCUUUCUUUCUUUCUUUCUUUCUUUCUUUCUUUCUUUCUUUCUUUCUUUCUUUCUUUCUUUCUUUGUCAUAGUGUCAUUUCUUUUCCUUCCUUCCGUUUUUGUCUUCCUUCCUUCCUUCCUUCCUUCCUUCCUUCCUUCUGUUGUCCAUGUGUGUUUCUCUCUCUGUCUCUCUCUCUCUCUCUCUCUGUCUCUCUCCUCUCUCUCUCUCACUCUCUCUCUCUCUCUCUCUCUCUCUCUGUGUCUCUCUGUCUCUCUCUCUCUCUCUGUCUCUCUGUCUGUCUCUGUCUCUCUCUCUCACUCUCUCUCUCUCUCUCUCUCUCCCUCUCUCUCUCUCUCUCUCUCUCUCCCUCUCUCUCUCUGUCUCUCUCUGUCUCUCUCUCUCUCUCUGUAUGUGUAUGUAUGCGCGCGCAAUUAA